AUGCUCACCUCAGCAGUCAUUUUGGUGCUCGUUGUCCCGCAGCUAAAUGCCAAUCGUAUGUGCGGGACCACUAGCGCAAUCAACAAGUACUACGGACUAGUACAAAACACGAUGUCGGUUGCGUUGUACUUCUUAGGCUUUGCCGUGUCUUUAUACGUCAACAAUACGAUACCUUCAAAACGGUCCUGCACUCGCCAGGAAAUCCGGCAACUCAAGACGAUGAUUGCCAUCUCGUCACUAUCGCUGUGUUUCGUCGCCCUUCCGAAUUGUUUGCUGAUAGAGAACAGCUGGGGCCCAAUUCAAUUUUCCGACCUGGUCCAGGGUGAGUUGAACGGAAAU